CGCCCGCCCGCCCCCGCCGCGCCCCGACGCCCGGCUCCCGCGGCCCCAGCUGUCACGGGCCCCCCAGGAUGCAAUGGCACAGCCCCCCCGGCUGAGCCGCUCCGGUGCCUCCUCGCUUUGGGAUCCGGCUUCCCCCGCGCCCACGCCAGGCCCCAGACCUCGGCUUUGGGAGGGCCAGGAUGUCCUGGCCCGCUGGACAGAUGGGCUGCUGUACUUGGGGACCAUCAAGAAGGUGGACAGUGCUCGGGAGGUGUGUCUGGUCCAGUUUGAGGACGAUUCCCAGUUUCUGGUUCUCUGGAAAGACAUUAGCCCCGCUGCCCUUCCUGGAGAGGAACUCCUCUGUUGUGUCUGCCGCUCGGAGGCUGUGGGCCCGGGAAACCGGCUGGUCAGCUGUGACAAGUGUCGCCACGCUUAUCACCAGGACUGCCACGUGCCCAGGGCCCCAGCCCCUGGAGAUGGAGAGGGCACGGCUUGGGUCUGCCGCCAGUGCGUCUUUGCCAUCGCCACCAAGAGAGGGGGUGCGCUGAAGAAGGGCCCCUAUGCCCGGGCCAUGCUGAGUAUGAAGCUGUCUCUACCAUAUGGACUGAAGGGGCUGGAGUGGGACGCGGGACAUCUGAGCAAUCGGCAGCAGAGCUACUGCUACUGUGGAGGUCCCGGAGAGUGGAACCUGAAGAUGCUGCAGUGCCAGAGCUGCCUACAGUGGUUCCAUGAAGCCUGCACCCAGUGUCUGAGCAAGCCCCUCCUCUAUGGGGACAGGUUCUAUGAAUUUGAAUGUUGUGUGUGUCGCGGGGGCCCUGAGAAGGUCAGGAGGCUGCAACUUCGCUGGGUGGACGUGGCCCAUCUUGUCCUCUAUCACCUCAGUGUGUGCUGCAAGAAAAAAUAUUUUGAUUUUGACCGUGAGAUCCUCCCAUUCACCUCAGAGAAUUGGGACAGCUUGCUCCUUGGGGAGCUCUCAGACACCCCAAAGGGAGAACGAUCUUCGAAGCUCCUCUCCGCUCUCAACAGCCACAAAGACCGUUUCAUUUCCGGAAGGGAGAUUAAGAAGAGGAAAUGCUUGUUUGGUCUCCAUGCGCGGAUGCCACCCCCUGUGGACCCUCCUCCUGGAGAUGGAGCCCCUACCAGCUUCCCUUCAGGGCAGGGCCCUGGGGGAGGGGUCUCACGACCCCUGGGGAAGCGCCGGAGACUGGAGCCAGAGCCCCUGAGGCGGCGGCAAAAGGGGAAAAUGGAGGAGCUGGGGCCACCAUCAACAGCACACCAUCAGCCCCAGGAGCAGAGGGAGCGAGCUCGUCUGCAGAGGGCACUGCAGGCCUCGGUGUCUCCGCCACCCCCCAGCCCUAACCAGAGUUACCAGGGCAGCAGCGGCUACAACUUCCGGCCCACAGAUGCCCGCUGCCUGCCCAGCAGUCCCAUCCGGAUGUUCGCUUCCUUCCACCCCUCUGCCAGCACUGCAGGGACCUCUGCGGAUGGUGAACCCCCAGACAGGUCACCCCUGGAACUUCACCUUGGUUUCCCCACAGAUGUCCCUAAAAGUGCCCCCCCUCACUCGAUGACUGCCUCAUCUUCCUCAGCCCCGGCCCCCUCCCUGAGUCUUCCUAGACGCUCAGCACCUCCUUCCCUGUGCCGUAGUCUGUCUCCCGGGACUGGGGGAGGAGUCCGAGGUGGGGUGGGCUACCUGUCCCGAGGGGAUCCCGUGCGGGUCCUGGCUCGGAGGGUGCGGCCUGAUGGCUCUGUGCAGUACCUGGUUGAGUGGGGAGGUGGGGGCAUCUUCUGAGCAGCUUGCCUCUGCCCACUUCCCCAUCCACACACACUGGCACUUUCAGUCCCCUGACCUCUGACCUCACCUGCAGCCGGGAUGUACCCGGGCAGUAGCUCCCUGCUGCCCAGGCUGGAAUCCAGGUGGGAGGCUGGGGAAGAGUCCCCUCCUCUCCUCCUCGCUCCCCUCAGGAUUCCUGACCCCUCCCCACCCCCUUUCUCAUUUCCUUUGAUGUUAUUUUGUUACAACUUUUUAAAUAUUUUUUAAAAUUAUUUAACCCCUGGACUUGGAGACAGGAGGGAGGGAGGGGAGGAGUUGAUCAAGGAUCCCCAGACUCUGUAUGAUUGAAAUAAAGAGAAAUAAACAACUCUUAA